CUUCUUCGUUUGUUGAUCAACAACAUUCGACCGAUGACGAUGAUGACGACGAAAUCUUUUUAUUUGAUUUGAUCGAAAAUUCCUAAAGAAAACCAUUAAAAAAAUUCAAAUGAUAAUGGCCGAUGGAGCCGAAGAAGGAAAAAUUUUUGUCGGCGGUCUUAGCUGGGAAACAAACGAAGAAAAAUUACGUAAUUAUUUUGGUGAAUUUGGUAAUGUAACCGAAUGUUUAGUGAUGAAAAAUCCGGAAACAGGAAAAUCACGUGGUUUUGGUUUUGUUUCAUUUUUAGAACCAAAUUCUGUACAAAAAGUUUUGGAUGUUUCAAAUCAUCAAUUAGAUGGCCGGACUAUUGAUCCAAAAGAAUGUAAUCCACGUACAGCAUCUGCAAAAUUUCAUAAAGAUUCAAAUAAUAAACAAGCGAAUUUAUCGAAAAUUUUUCUUGGUGGCUUACCACCGAAUAUAACCGAAACAAAUUUGAAAGAAUUUUUUAGCAAAUAUGGAAAGGUAACCGAAGUAAUCAUCAUGUUUGAUCAGGAAAAGAAAAAAUCCAGAGGUUUUGGAUUUCUUUUGUUCGACAAUGAAGAUUCGAUUAAUAAAGUAGUUUCCGAACAUUUUGUUACCAUCAAUGGCAAACAGGUAGAAGUAAAACGUGCCGAACCACAGCCAAAUAAAUCUGGAACACCAGUACCAAAUGGUUCACCACAUCAUCAUGGUGGUAUGAUUAGUGGUCAACCAUCGAUACCUGUUGCCGGUAUUGUUCCGGGUACAGGUAUUCCAACGAUGCCUUAUUUUUUAACACCACCACCACCACCACAAUCAUGGCCACAAGCAUUAUGGCCCCAGACACCUGUUGCUCCAUCUCCAUCAAUGAUGAAUGGUGGUAUAUCUAAUAUAUCCGGUAAUAAUUUUCAUCAAACAUCACCUGUUGUUGCUGCUGCAAAUUCUAUUGCAUGGAAUCCAGUAACAGCUGCAGCUGCUGCUGCAGCAAUAGCUGCAACAGCCGCUACUGGACCACCAACAGCGGCAACAAAUUGGGCUCCAUAUGGAUCAUAUCCAACAUUUCCACAUGGAUGGCCAAUACCAAUACCUACCGGUAAUGUCAAUAUGCCUAGUCUAUAUGGUGGUAAUCUGCCACCAUCAUCAACAACCCCGAUACCAACACCGAUUGUAUCAAUGCAGCAACAACAACCGCCCCCAUCGAUAACACCGCAUCAACAACAUCAUCAUCCAGCAAUGAUACCAUCUCCUUCCGUAAUUGGACAUACAUUUCAACAACAACAACAUCAACCACCGCAACAAAUAACAAAUUUUCUUCCACCAACAUCACCAAUUCAUCAUAAUAAUAAUAUGAUACCAAUGAUGAAUCCUCAUUAUCAUCAAGCUAAUGGUGGUAAUUCGACUAUUUCAACAGCCGUAUCAACAGCAAUUAUUCCAAAUGCAAUUGGUCAAACUUCCAUUGGAAAUUAUCAUCAUGAAACAAAUAGCUAUAGUGUUUCGCAAACACAUCAACAACAACCUGUUGGUGGUAUGAAUAUAGCCAAUAUUUAUAGACCGCCACCAACAAUAUCGACCGACACUAAUUAUCAAUAUCCUUUACCUGUUACAUUGAAUAAUAAUAAUACUCAUCAGCAACAGCAAUAUCAUCAUAAUCCAGUAGCAGCAAUAGCAAAUUCAAUGAAUGUAACAGUACCAUCAUCAUCAUCAUCAGCACAAUCGAUUCCUUCAGUAUCAUCUGAUUAUAUCAUUAGUGGUAAUGGUAAUGGUAGUGGACCGAUAACAACAAUGAUAAAAUCACCAAAUAUGAUUAGUGGUGUUAUUAAUCCAAUUAAUGCAUAUAAUAAUCAACAGCAACAACAACAAUCAUUUCAUGGAUCUCGAAUGAAUUUACAAUCGCAAUCACAGCAACAACAACAGCAAUCAUCAACAAUGCAGAAUCAAAGUUAUCAUCCAUAUAGACGAUCUUAAUUUUCUUGGAAUAGAAUUUAGUUAUAUAUUUUUGUAAACAUUUUGUUGUUGUUGUUUUCGGAUUUGUAAUAAGAGUUUUAUUUCAUUUGUUAUUUUGAUCCAGAAUCCACUGUCUUUCGUUUUUUUUGAAUAUGUUUUUUUUUC